AACGAUCCAUGAGUCACCAAGCUAUUGGAUCUUAUAUAUCGCAUACUUAUUAUUUAAUGAUUUUUGAGUAAUUAUUUAUAAGAAAACGGAACAAUAGUGUUUCUAAUACGGUGCUGUUUUCUCUCACAGUAUGUUAUAAUGGACGCGAGCAGUUGUGGCACCCCUCCGCGCUCAUAAUGGUAUGCGCCGUAUCGCACGCUGACUGAAAACAUGUGGCUGACUGUGUUUUUUUGGAUAGUGGAGGCUCAAUUUGCCGGUUUGUCAUGUAGAUAAACAUAUUGCAUCUUUUAGAAAAUAAAUCAGUGAUACAGUCUGUAAAACGACUGAAAGUCAAGAAUACACAGUUGUCACCUCUACAGACAGGAACUGAAGGGCCUUUAACGGGCUCUCUGGAUCAGACAGGUGAAGCCUGCGACUGGUUAUCUUCCAGCUGCUCGAGAGAUCAUUCCUCUAUUGUGUGAGCUGAUUGGUCGUGACCAUGAGGAGGUGUAAGAAUUGUGGGGGGACGGACAUUGAUGUGGACCAGGCACGGGGUGAUGCCGUGUGCAUGGGCUGCGGCUCCGUGCUGGAGGACAACAUCAUCGUUUCCGAGGUAACCUUCGUGGAGAACAGUGGAGGAGGAUCGUCCGCCGUGGGGCAGUUUGUCGCUGGUGACUCAUCUGGAACUGUGCCAUCAUUGGGAGGAAACUUCCACACUGGGGUUGGGAGGGAGUCCAGAGCUGCCACUCUACAGAAUGCUAAGCGACAGAUAAACCAUCUUGGUCAUCAGCUACAAAUGAAUCAGCACUGUCUGGACACUGCCUUCAACUUUUACAAGAUGGCACUCUGCAAGCAUCUGACCAGAGGACGCAAAUCAUCCCAUGUCAUCGCCGCCUGCCUCUACCUCGUCUGCCGGACAGAGGGAACGCCUCACAUGCUGCUUGACUUGAGUGACAUCCUACAGGUGAACGUGUAUGUUUUGGGGAAAACAUUCCUUGUUUUAGCCAGGGAGCUGUGCAUCAACGCACCAGCUAUCGAUCCGUGUCUUUAUAUCCCGCGUUUUGCGCAAAUGCUGGAAUUUGGAGAGAAGAGCCACGAGGUUUCGAUGACGGCACUGCGUCUCCUGCAGAGGAUGAAGAGAGACUGGAUGCACACGGGACGAAGACCUUCAGGCCUCUGCGGAGCAGCUCUCUUGGUUGCUGCCCGAAUGCACGAGUUCCGUCGCACAAUUAAGGAAGUGAUCAGCGUGGUGAAAGUCUGUGAGGCCACACUGAGGAAAAGGCUGAAUGAAUUUGAGGACACGCCCACCAGUGAGCUGACUAUUGAAGAGUUCAUGAGGGUGGAUCUGGAGCAGGAGUGCGACCCGCCCUCUUACACGGCUGGACUUAAGAAGGAAAAGCUAAAACAGAUUGAGUUGGAGCUUGCGAAGAAAGUUGAUGACAUUGAAGGUGAAAUCUGUGGCUAUCAGGAUGAGAUUGAAGUCGAGCUGGAGAGCUGUAGGCCCAAAGCCAGGGGAUUUUAUGCAUCCUGCUCCAAAGAAGAUGAUGUGAUUUCCUUGGCAUCAUCCAGUGUCCUUGUCGGUGAUGAUGAAGGAGAGGACGAUGAGCUGAGGGCAGCAGCGUCUCACUUGUGCAGUACUGUAUGUGGAGAGGAUGGAGGUGGCAAUGAGCAAGAGCGAGAUAGAGAGAAAGCCACUCCAACCAAACGGCCCUCGUUAGCAUUAUUGCUUGGAGCUUUGCCCACUGCUGCCAGUUUGGGCCUGCCCGAGUCCAUCACCAAAAUGGGAGAGGAGAAAGAGAACGAUGUGGAGGCAGAAAACGGUGAGCUAGACCUGAGCGGUAUCGACGAGGACGAGAUCGAUCGGUAUAUCCUGAAUGAGAAGGAAGUUAAGGUGAAGACUGAACUGUGGAUGCUACAAAAUGCAGACUACCUCAAGGAACAGAAAGAAAAGGAGGAAAGAAUAGCAAAGGAAAAGGAGGAGGGUACAUAUAAAGAGCGGAAGCCUAGAAAAAAGUCAGCACGGAGGCGUGAGCCCAUCAAUGCCAGCACUGCAGAUGAAGCCAUUGAAAAGAUGUUAGAGCAGAAACGCAUCUCCACUAAAAUAAACUAUGAUGUCCUGAAAGACUUGAACAAAUCCAGCCUAAAAAGUCCCACUCGCCAUCCUGAAGAAGCUUCCACUGGAGCCAAAAGCACCCCCACGGCCCGCCAACGGAAACCCCAACUGACUUCACCCAGUAUUGGCAAAACUAUCAGCAGUUUUGGCAAGAGGUUACAGCCCCUGGUGUGUGCGCAGCCCUCUAAGAAGCUGGCCCUCGAUCAGAAAGGGUCUGGUGCUCCAGUGGCCAUUCCUGCUGCCCCAACCCAGAACGCUACUGUUGUAGAGAGCGGACCGGUGGCGUAUGAAGACCCUGCAGAUGAAGAAGAGGAGGAUGAGGAGGACGAACACUGUGUCAGUGCCGUGCAGUUAAUGGGCAGCACUGAUUAUGGUUAUGAAUUGGAUGAUGAUGAUGGCUUCUGAAUCCAGGGUGUCUGUGGAAGCACCAGUGGAGAGGACACACUAACACUUAGCCUGCUGCUUAAUUUUGACCCCAAUACACACAAACAACAACCUCCAUCUCACGACUCCUGGUGUUCAUGCUUAUGUUUGCACGAUGAGAAGAAAGAUUGUGAACAUAACACACAACAGAGGAGAAGACCUACAACUAAACAAGAACAAAGACCCCAUAUUCUUGUGUUUGUGCUUUUCAGUAAAUGCAUGUUCUAAGCUCAUGUGCACUAAGUAACUUAAACACCAUUUAAACUCACACAAACAGGAGCAUGAGAGUAAAUGGGUGUGUGUGUGGUGAUUGGGAAAGAUGAUUCUCUCUCUGGAGUGUGUAAGCCUGCUAGCUAACUGCAUUACUGUGUGUUUUAGGCUAAUGAUGACAUAUGAUCUUUCACAUCUAAAGCGAUUAGCCCACAUGAGGCUCUGGCCUCUGUGUGGACAAACGUGCGCAUGUACACGUGCCUUUUACAAUUGCAGUAUACAGGCCUGGGAUAGUAUAAUGAUUUUUAGAGCCAAAGUGUUAUUCUUUAAACCAGAUAUAGCUUUAUGUGUUCAUUAUUCAGAGUGGAGUACGGGUGUGAAAUCUGAUUAGUAACAGUGUUAAAUUUUGCUCAGCUACUUGGCUGCUUUCCUAGUGCCUUUUUAAUUUUUAUUAUUAAAUUACCCACUGGUCUGAUGGAUUUUCCAUUUUGGGCUAGUUAAUUUUUUUUUUUUUUUACUUAAACAAUGUUUAAAAGGUACUUUGAGAAUAUAAUUAUUUUUGAUUUGAUGGUUGCUGCUUUUCUGGUUUAUGCAGAUGAGUACUUGAAAAAUUCAUUCCAGAUAAAUGCUGUUAAAAAAAAUGUCAUUGGUUUGAUCUUAUUAUUACUGCAUUUUGUAAAUACUUAACAGUAUUUGUUUUUUGACUGAUAAAGGAGAUGUUUACAGUGAUUGUUUCAAAAUGGAUUGAUAGUUUAGUAUUGGUUUGUUAAUGAGGAAGAAAAUAUGAUUGUUUUAAUAGUAUUACUCAUAUCUGAAUGCUCAGUAUUGGAAAGUGCUCUUGGAGAAUGUUUUACUUUAUUUAUACUUUAUUCUCUCUCGGACUCAAAGAUGAGUAAAAUAUAGGAGUACACUAUUUUUUUCUGUUAGAAAAGUAUUUGAGUGGUUUAUUCUGACAGUCAUGGCACAACACACAGCAGAUAUUACUGAUGCAAACCCAAGCCAUUCAGAUUUUGAUAAGCCUAAUAAUUACAAAUACAGAUGAUCCAAUUCAUUAAAAGAGUAAGCAUCUUAAAAUGUUAGAAGAUACAAAAAAAGAAACACAAGUUGGACAAUUGUACUGAUUAAAUCAUUGACCCAAACAUCUGUAUUUGCAUCCACAAUCAAUAAAUUUAAAUAAAUGUAUUUGUGAACUCUUGCUUGUUUAAUAAAAACAAGUAUGCGAGUCUUCAGGAUUUUGAAAAGAUCAGAUCUUGCUCUGUAGUCCAUUAGAGCCAGUGUCUUUUGGAAUAGAUUGGUUUGGUCUUGCAGCAGUAAUGCUGACUAUACAACAGACUCAAAGUAGUGUUCAGUAAACCUUAAAUAGUAUUUAUGAGCAAAGAAAUAAAGAGUAAUCAUAAUA